AUGGGCGCCAUAUUAACGAAUCGACAAGCUGAAGAGCUACACAAGUCGAUCAUAGCAUACCUAUCAGCGAAUAACCUACCAAACACAGCUGCCGCCCUCAGGGAAGAAUUGAGUCUUGGAGAAGAUGUCUACGAUGCAGCUACAGCAAAGAAAUAUGAAUCGCUGCUGGAGAAGAAGUGGACAAGCGUCGUCCGGUUACAAAAGAAGAUAAUGGAUCUCGAAUCCCGAAAUGUGGAACUGCAAUCCGAAGUCGACAAUGCGACGCCUACCUCCCUAUCCAAACGGAACCAAGACCCGACAGCUUGGCUUCCCAAAACCCCUCCGCGACACACAUUGGAAUCACACCGAGAUACCGUCAACUGCGUUGCUUUCCACCCUAUAUUCUCCUCCAUUGCGUCUGGAUCUGACGACUAUACCAUCAAGAUUUGGGACUGGGAGCUUGGUGAACUAGAGAUGACAAUCAAGGGCCACACGAGAGCAAUUCUAGACCUUGACUAUGGCGGACCGAAAGGUCGUGUACUGCUGGCAUCCUGCAGCUCCGAUCUGACUAUCAAACUAUGGGACCCAGCAGAUGCCUACAAGAAUAUCCGGACCUUGCCGGGCCACGAUCACAGCGUUAGUGCUGUACGAUUCAUACCUUCAGGGUCAUCAUCUGGAAACCUGCUUGUCAGCGCAAGUAGAGAUAAAACCCUAAAAAUAUGGGACGUCACCACCGGCUACUGCGUGAAGACACUAAACGGCCACUCCGGCUGGAUUCGCGCCGUCAGCCCUUCCUCUGACGGGCGUUUCCUCCUCUCAACUGGCGACGAUAUGUCCGCUCGGCUGUGGGACAUCUCGGCUUCGAAUCCAGAAAGCAAGCAGGCCAUGUUCGGCCACGAGCACUACAAUGAGUGCUGUGCAUUGGCGCCACCUACCUCCUAUCAGAACUUUGCCACCCUGGCCGGACUGAAGAAGCCCCCACCCGCAAGUAGCACGGCGGAGUUCAUGGCCACCGGAUCGAGAGACAAGACGAUUAGGCUCUGGGAUGCUCGGGGGACUUGCCUCAUGACCCUAGUUGGCCACGAUAAUUGGGUACGAGACCUCGUUUUCCAUCCAGGUGGUAAAUACCUCUUCUCUGUGUCGGACGACAAGUCGUUGAGGUGCUGGGAUUUGAGCCAACAAGGAAAGUGUGUCAGGGUCCUCCGGGAUGCACACGAGCACUUUGUUACAUGUAUACGGUGGGCACCCGGGAUUGUCAAAGGGGAGCAAGCGGCAGAGGAGCAAAAUGGUGGGGCCGUUGGAACGCCGAAGAAAGCGGUGGCGCCUGAGGUUCAGAUACGAUGUGUGAUUGCAACAGGGGGUGUGGAUUGCAAGUUGAAGAUAUUUGCAAACUAA